GCUGCUACAACUACCUGUACAGGAUGAAGGCGUUGGAUGCGAUCAGGACAUCUGAGAUCCCGUUUUACGCAGAGGGCCGGUACCCCAAGUCCUUAAUAGGGAAGAACUUCUGUGCCUACCUGCUGGAACUACGGAACUCCAGCACCUCCUUCAAAGGCAUCCGCAAAGCCUUGAUCGACACCUUGCUGGAUGGGUACGAGAGCGCCCGCUACGGCACCGGGGUCUUUGGGAAACCGGAGUAUCUCAAGUACCAGGAUGCUCUGAACGAGCUGGCAAACAUGACCAAGGCCCGGGCAGGCAGCAGCCAACGGCAGCACCAGUCAGCAGCGAAGGACCUUACCCUCUCCCCUGAAGUCUCCAACCCCGCCACCAUCCAGGUCACCUACCUGCCUUCCAACCAGAAGAGCAAACGUGCCAAACACUUCCUGGAGUUGAAGAGCUUCAAGGACAACUACAACACACUGGAGAGCACCCUGUGAGCCAGGCGGAGAGGAGCCUCUUGCGAGGGGCAG